UUUCGACGUGCAAAGAUCAGUGAAAGGCAUACGUAAGAGAAGAAGGCGCAAUGGCUCGAACCAAGCAAACGGCUCGCAAAUCGACGGGUGGAAAAGCUCCCCGAAAGCAGCUGGCCACCAAGGCUGCCCGUAAGAGCGCCCCAUCCACCGGAGGAGUGAAGAAGCCUCAUCGUUACCGGCCAGGAACAGUCGCGCUGCGUGAGAUUCGUCGCUACCAGAAGUCCACCGAGCUUCUUAUUCGCAAGCUGCCAUUCCAGCGAUUGGUACGUGAAAUUGCUCAGGAUUUCAAAACGGAUCUCCGCUUCCAGAGUGCAGCUGUUGCCGCCUUGCAGGAAGCGAGCGAGGCGUACCUAGUGGGAUUGUUUGAGGAUACUAAUCUGUGUGCUAUCCAUGCGAAACGAGUUACCAUUAUGCCGAAAGACAUCCAGCUGGCCCGACGAAUCCGUGGAGAACGUGCGUAAAGAACUAGAGGACAUACUAACAAAAAAACGGCCCUUUUCAGGGCCCCAAAAAAACAAAGAGUUAUACGAAGUUUUUCAUUCAUAUUGAAUGUUGCCAAAUCUGGUGCAAAUUACACGUUUUUAAUGUAUUGCUUUUUAUUAAUACGAAAUAGAUUAUAGAGAUUAUGUCAAGAAUAAAGAAUUUAUAUAUACUAUUAGUGCUGAAAAGAGUGAAUGAAAAUAGAAUCUGGAUAAUUCGUUCAUCGUAUGUUGAGAUAUCUAAUGAAGCGCUAAACAAUUUCAUCUCCGUGAUGUAAUGAAAAUGAGCUCGGACGCCUGUUUACUAGCGUAUAUAUACGGACACUAGUGGACACACAUUUAACAUUUCAUCAUUUCAUGCUCUACGCACAAUUAAAGCACUUUAGCGUGCUGCCCCUUGCUCAUCGACGGCGAAUAGCUGCAUUAUUCAUUAUGGUAUUCAAGAUAAAGAAGGUACAGGGUCGAUAUCUGGUGGCGAUAUUUGCAUUUGUGGAGAUUCUUUUUAAAGAAGUAGGCUCGUUUCCAUAAUUCCAUAAUUUCCAUAAUGUUAUCUGAGUGUUGACUCUUAUUCAAUAAUUCUUUUAUAAGUUUCCUUACAAAUGUUUGUAUUAAAACUUAUCUUAUAAUAUAAAAUAAUUAUCACACAAGUUUUGCUCAAGAUUUCAUUAGAAAAACGUAUUGCUCGAUUAAAUACAAUACAUAUUCGGUAUGGAAAA